CUUUCCACGUUUCUCUUCUCAUCCCUUUGAGUCCACCCAAAGCGAUGAGGAUUCCAUAUGCAUAUGUUUGCUUCGUGGACUUGUAUUAAAGUCUUGAUCUGGGUUUUUGUUUCUCUUCUUAUUUUCUUUGCUUUUCAUAACCUUUCUGCCUCUGCGAAUUGGGUUCAGGAAGCAGUGAGUUAGAAAUUAGAGAUGUGGGGUUCCAGUAUGAAUAUGAUAACAACUGUAAUUGGGUUUGGGAUGAGUGCCACUUUUAUUGUGUUCAUUUGUGUGAGAAUAAUCUGUAGGAGACUUCGAGGGGUGGAGUCAGGGCCAAUGUUUGAGAUUGAAUCCAGAAAUGAUCUUGAACAGCCAGAGCAUCGGACUAAUGGCCUUGAACCGGUGCUGGUUGCUGCAAUUCCCACCAUGAGAUUCAACCAUGAAGCAUUCAAUUCUGCAGAAGAUGCACAGUGUUCAAUAUGCUUGGGGGAGUACCAAGAGAAAGAACUACUAAGAAUAAUGCCCAAAUGCGGCCACAUUUUUCAUCUUUCUUGCAUCGAUGUUUGGCUGAGAAAACAGUCCACGUGCCCAGUAUGUCGAUUACCAGUAAACGAAGCUCCUGAGAAAAAGAAUAUGAGGCAAACUACAUUCAUCAAUUCUCAGAAUUUUAUUCACCAUUCAAGCCUAUGGCAGCUACGUGCCUCUGAAACUUCAAUAGCCACUGGAAGUAACCAAGCACGACUUGACACUGUUACUGAAUUGUGAGAGCCAUGCAACUCUUGCUUCUUUGAGUAAUGUUGCCGAUUGUAAGUCUUGUGGUUAAGCAAAGUGUAUACUGUUUGAGGCUUUGUAUAGAUCAUUUGUACAUAGCAAUGGAUGAAGUUUAUUGUCA